AUGCAUGUCUCAACUGUGUCGCUUGUUCUGGGCAUCCUCGCCAGUGCCAAGUACAUUGUUCCUGCAGGCGAAUGGCUGGACACCGACGGCAAUUUUGUCAACGCCCACGCCGGCGGCAUUACAGUCGAUGAAGAAGAUGGAAAGUUCUAUUGGUUUGGAGAGCGCAAGACGGAAGAUGAGCCAGAGGGCGGCGGCAUCUCAGUCUACAGCUCCGAAGACCUUGCGACUUGGACGUACCAUGGACUUGCACUGGCUCCGAUCGAAGGACAUCCAUACAUUGCCCCGGAGCACAUAAUUCAAAGGCCAAAGGUUGCUUGGAGCAAGGAAGCGGAGCAGUACCAUAUGUGGUGGCACGCCGACAACAGCACGUACGGCUGGCUACUUCAGGGUUUCGCAACAUCUCCCAACAUCACCGGCCCAUACUCAUUCGUCUCUGCCACGGCGCCUCUCGGCAACUGGUCGCAGGACUUUGGCAUGUUCACCGACUACAAAGACGGAAAGACGUACGCCCUUUACUCUAAUGGCGACAGCGUAGAAGGAAGAGAUGUGUACCUCACGAGCUUCAACAGCAACAUCACGUCGCUGGACAGCGUCAUCCAUCGAUUCGACAAGUUUGACCUGGAGGCACCAACGAUCAUCCAGACCGAUCAAAGCUACUACGCAUUGAUGAGCCACAAGACAGGCUACAGACCCAACAAUGUGGUGGCGUUCCGCUCCGACAGUCUCUCCGGUCCUUGGUCUCAGCCAUUCUUCGUCGCUCCGCUCAACACUAGAACAUACAACUCCCAGUCAGGCUUUUCACUCCGCAUCGAAGGCACAAAGCGGACGACGUACCUGUACCUUGGAGAUCAGUGGGACUCGCGGUCGGUUUGGGAGAGCAGGUACAUCUGGCUCCCUGCAGUGAUCGAUGACGAGAAAAUGACGCUUGACGUUGUCUGGCAUGACGUAUAUGACUUGGAUGUCAAAACCGGCGAGUGGUCACCUAUUGACGGCGAGACAUAUUACGCCAAGGAUGCUGUCAUCGAAGGUGGCGCUUUCAAGCAGGAAGCCAACUUCGCAAGCGGUGGGAUCAUCGUUACAGGAAUUAGGGGCAACGACAGCACAAUAACAUUCGAGAACAACACAGACGACAUGGGCUUUGGCGACCAGCCUGGUGGCAGUCCAGACCGAAUUGGUGGGACAUGGAUUCUACGGCGCAUCAGCAGUGUUACGGUCAACGGAGAUACAGCAAACAUCAAGGAACUACGGCAGCGGGACACGCACAAAGGCAUCCUACUUUCGACGCCGCUGUUACUCGAUUUGAAAGAAGGUAGCAACACAAUCACUGUCGGGGGGCUGUCCAACGGGAAUGGUACUUUGGGUGCCGAUCUGGAUCGGAUUGUGGUGUAUCUUCCUGAAGAGUAG